GGAGCCUAUGCAGCAUGAAUAAUGAACAUAAUCGAUGAUCUGUAUGCUAUCUUGUAUCAUUAGACAAGAGGAUUCUGCUUCAGAAAGAUGGAAGACGGAAACUUCAACUACCAGCCAUCAGCGAUGAAGAUUUUUAGUUAUCUCCUGGUCUAUCGAAGGUUCUUGCUCAUUGUCCUCACCCCCCUGCUUUUACUUCCACUACCACUUAUCAUCAGAACCAAAGAAGCAGAAUGUGCAUACACACUGUUUGUAGUUGCCAUCUUUUGGCUCACAGAAGCUUUACCACUGGCUGUUUCAGCUUUGCUACCCGCCUUUAUGUUCCCUUUGUUUGGUAUAAUGGCAUCCAAGCAGGUUGCAUCUGCUUACUUUAAAGACUUCCAUUUGCUGUUAAUUGGAGUGAUUUGUUUGGCAACAUCAAUAGAAAAAUGGAAUUUCCAUAAAAGAGUGGCUUUAAGAAUGGUGAUGCUGGUGGGCGUGAACCCUGCGUGGCUUACUCUGGGUUUCAUGGUUAGCUGUAGCUUUUUGUCUAUGUGGCUCAGCAACACCUCUGCUGCUGCUAUGGUGAUGCCAAUUGUAGAGGCUGUAGCUCAGCAGAUCAUCAAGGCUGAAGCAGAAGUAGAUGCGCUGGAGAUGUCUCAGUCUAAUGGCUCCACCAACCUGGCACUGGAGCUCGAUGAAAACAUUAUGGAAUGUGAAACCAGUGACUGGAAAGAGAAGACAAAAGAAGCUAAUAGAUAUGGCAAUGGCAUGAGUAAUACUGUGUGCAUAAUUGAAAAUGAAAAGGAAAAUGAAAAAGAAAAGGAAAAGGUACUUCAGAACGUACCACCUGCUGAAACGGGGAAAAAAAGCAGAGAGGACAAAUACAAUGGGGUUUUCAAAGUGAUGUGCCUAUGUAUUGCUUAUUCUGCUACCAUUGGAGGAUUGACCACAAUCACAGGAACAUCGACUAAUUUGAUUUUUGCUGAGCACUUCAAUACACGUUACCCAGAUUGCCAAUGCAUCAAUUUUGGAUCCUGGUUUAUCCUUUCCAUCCCCAUCACAGUUAUUAUUCUGCUGCUCUCCUGGGUCUGGCUCCAGUGGCUUUUCCUUGGCUUUGAUUUUAAAAGUAUGUUCAAGUGUGGUAAGGAAAAAACAGCAAGAGAAAAGGCCUCAGCCCAGGUGAUUCAGGAGGAGUACAAGAAACUCGGACCCAUAAGCUAUCCAGAAAUUGUUACACUUGUCCUGUUCAUUCUAAUGACCCUAUUGUGGUUUACCAGAGAUCCUGGCUUCAUCCCUGGAUGGUCUUCAUUUUUCCCAAAGUAUAAAGGCUUUGCUACAGAUUCAACAACUGCCUUAGUGAUUGGCCUCCUCUUCUUUAUUAUUCCAGCAAAAACAUUGUCUAGGACUUCAAAUGGAGAAAACACUGUUUUUGAUUACACUCCACUGAUUACUUGGAAGGAAUUUCAGUCAUGCAUGCCCUGGGAAAUAGCUAUUCUUGUUGGCGGUGGGUUUGCACUGGCAGACGGCUGUGAGGUUUCAAAGCUGUCUGCCUGGGUAGGAAAUAAAUUAACCCCUCUAGGAUCAUUACCCCUGUGGCUGAUUAUCCUGGUGUCAUGCCUUAUUGUCACUUCAGUAACAGAAGUGGCUAGCAAUCCAGCUACUAUUACAAUAUUUUUGCCUAUACUAUCUCCUUUGGCUGAAGCCAUUCACGUGAACCCACUUUUUAUUCUGAUACCUACCACCCUCAAUGCCAUCGUAUUUUCAUAUGGUCAUUUAACUGUCAUGGACAUGGUGAAAGCUGGUUUGGGCAUUAACAUCAUCGGAGUUGCUGUAGUUAUGCUUGGAAUUAUGACGUGGACAGUGCCUAUAUUUGAUCUCUAUACUUAUCCAAGUUGGGCACCAAUCAUUUCUUCGACAAAUAACACCGGGCUUUAAGAAAAAAAGAUAAAAAAAUCAAGAGUUGAUUUAGAUUGGAUUUUAUUCUUUUAUUUUCCACUGUCAUGUGGUGAGUUAUUUAAAAUGAUGUUUAUCACCCUGAAAAUAGGUAUUCACAUCACUGUAUAUGCCAUAUUUCACAGUCCCAGAGACUGAUGAUCUGGUCUGAGGAUCUAAUCAGGAAGAACGCUAGACUUUCCAAGUAUCAUCAAGUUAGAGCAUGUUUCUAAUCUAGUUCGGCUAGUCUGAAUUUUUGUAUCUUCAUGUUAUGAAGGAACAUCUGUGAAUAGCCAUGUAAUCUGUGUAUUGCCAUUAUCUCUGGCAGUUUGCCCUGUUCUUAGGGUAGUGGAAUCAUGAUGUUUAGUUUCUAUUAUUUCAAAUAACUAUUGUUAUUAUUAUCUAUAAUGACAUUUGGGUUUUCUCUAAGAACAUAUUGGUUUUCUAUUUUAUAGAUUCAAAUGCUGUUUGAAAUGAUGUUGGUCACAAACAAAAGAUCAGGUUGGGGAUUGUCUUGAACAUACAGUUUACAGACCUGUCAAAAAUGUGCAAAAAGCUGAGGAGAGCAGCAUGGCCACUUACGCAGCACUUUAUCUGUUAAGCAUCUUGUAAUCUGGAAGGAGAAUUGUAAUUCUACUCAAAUAUUUCUUUAAAGGCUACCUCCUUACAGGACCUCACUGAAUGAAACUUCUCUGGCAAAACUAGAGACAUAUCCUCGUGAUGAAUUAAAGCACCAGAUAAAGUGCUGAAGAUUUAACGCUUAAUCUAUCAAUCAAGAUUGUAGUGCUUCUUCACAGGAAGUGCAUGCUCUCUACAGGGCAGGUGACAGUUUAAGGUUUCUAGGCCCUACUAAUGUUAGAAACACGAAAAGUGCAAUGUAGUCAGAAAGGACGUUUGCAGUUCAAAGAUAUCUUUAAAUAGAGAUGUUUUAUGUUGCUAUUACAUGUUUUCAUAGUAAGAACUACAACGUUCUUCUUUCAAUAUAUUGGGGAAACCUGUGGCAAUUUGUAAAGAAAGUUCAGUUGUUAAUCUGAAUCGAAGCUGUAGGUGUUUAGCCAGGAUCACCCUAUAGGGUACCUUUAUGGCAGAUGUAAACAUUAAUCUGUCUUUUACAGAUAGACAGUACACAUUUUUUUCCUACUCCAGAACAAUCUUUUGUUCUUGGAUUAGAUGGUUUAUAUUUAUUUCUGAUGGUGCUUAUUUAGAGUUGAUACAUCAGCCACGAUUUCUGUAAUGCCAGAAUACAGUGUGUAGGAUUUUUAUAGUAUGUAGUUUACUAGUAGCUUAAUAGCUAGGUCUUAAAUUAUAUUGUACUGUGUCUCCCCAGAAGAAUGUAUAGCACAGAAACAGGGAAUCCGUGGUCUAUGCAAUGCUUUGACCUUGCAGGCACAGAGCGGGAGCCAGCUGAUAGAGAGCUCUUACUUUAAGGAUCCUAGGUAUCGCCUGUCUGAUCGUGUUGGUAAUUUCAAGAUUAUUCAAGCAUGAUGGAAACAACUGAAGCUCAGUGUGUGCUGCAUAACUCUCAGCUGUUUGUUCUUUUCUUUUCUUUUUUUUUUUGACUUAUUCAUAGAAUCAUUGACAAUAUAGUAAGAAAGACCAUUGUGUCCGAACUCUUUCUUAUAUAAUGCACAUCACAGAAUUUCCCUAAACUAAGUCUUUUUUUUUUUAGCAUCUGACAGAAUAAUUCAGAUGCUAACGAUUCAGCUGAAGUCGUUUGUUGUGCCAUAUGUUUUUAUAGCAGUUAUCAAAAUGAAAUGUAGACUUAUAAAUAAAUUGACUUCUGUGACUAGCAUCUUAAUUGUUGUAAUAUGAUAAAUUAGUGACAGAAUGAAAUGAGCAAGCAUGAGGUUCUUGACAGAUUAUAUCCUAUAUGUAAACUGGUUGUGAGUGAAUGACAUAGUAGUAGUGGGAAGGUGGUGUUUCACCAGGGCUUAUAUUUUUCUUAUUUUGCUUAAAGUUUCAGGAAGAGUCAGGCAUAAUCUUUGAACUGAAGCUGACAUUACUACUAAUUAAUUUUUAAGGCUUUUAAGAACACUUUUAGUUGAAAUAAAGAACUCUGCUGUGCAGAGGUAAAUAUUGACUGGAAUUCACCCAAGACGGUUAAAAUGGGGGAAAAAGAGAAGCUCAAAAUCCUUGGCUGCCUAGGUACCCAUUGGGUGGAUUUGAUUCUGUGUGCACAGGGCACCGUGUUCAUUGCAAGCAGAAAAUGUGCUCUUCUUAUGUCACUAUUAUAUUCAUUGCUUUGUCCAGAGUUCAUGAAUAUUGUGGCAAAUGGUAGAAAUGCAUCUGUAAUUAUUUUAUGAGCUGAUUAUUAAUAUAUGAUGAGUACAUUAUCUAUUUGUAAGUUGCUUUGUGCAUUAUGUUCAUAUAAAAGGUAUAUAUUUUUUCUUUUUCUCAGAUAAGCUUAAUUAAACUAGCAUAUUAGCACGUAAAUAAUAUUUAUGACACACUAUUUAUUUACUGUCCCAUUCCCGAUGAGUUAAAUGAAGGUUUUACCACGUAUUUCUGCAGGGGAGAUGUAUGAGGUCUUUGUUAUCCUUUUUAAAGGCUAUGCUACAUUUAGUAUAUUUUACUUUGUUUUUGGAAGACAUGCUUUCAGAUUACCAGAAGCUAAGAACAAAACUGUACAAAAGAAGUAUAUCCUGGAAAAAGGUUCUGCGCUAUUCUUUUACUAUGCAGAUCAGUCAGAUCAAUCUCACAGUGUAAAUUCCUUUAUAUACUUUUAAAAUAAAGUAUCUGUGUUUGUUUACUUCAUGGGUCUUGCUAGUUUAAGGACAACCAGGCCUAUAGCCUGAGGACUGGCUAAGGAACUUUCAGUGCAGUAGUUAAAGGGUAGAGAGAAGAAAAAUGCCUUAUACCCUCAUCGUUCUAGUUUUUUGAUUAGGCUUAGAUACCAAGCCAGUUCUCAUAUUAAUUACAACAAUUUAAAAAUUGUUGCGUCGUAUGUGUUGUUGCUGAAAACCCCUGAAAGCUUUUACUGCUGUUACCAGUCCCUUCCUGCACCUUUCUCCUUGUCCUCCUUGGCAGCCAGUGCCAGGGUGCCAACUGCCCAGAUGGUGACACCCUGCACCCCAGAGCUCCUCGGUGCUUAGGAGAUUCUCCAGCGGUCAGAUCUGCACAGAUUUCAGAUUGCAUUGCAGCUAUUAAUCAAUUAUUCUUACAUGAUCUGGUGCAGCAUUAAGAAUUCCCAGAUUACUACGACUCAGGAUCAUCAAAAAUAUCAGUGAUUAAUGCUCUGAGAAAUUAUCAGCCUAGUCCUUUGCGUGUGCAAAAUUGACUUAGUGAUUUAUGUUUUAUAAUGCCUAUAUACUGAAAUCGUUGUGGAUGCCAUUCAUUGGUACUUUUGCCCAGUGUUCUUGGAAGCUCUUGUAUGUUACUUUACCUGUGUGAUGUUUAGUUCUGGUAUGACUUUUUUUUACAAUACUAAUUUCCCACAUGCU